UUUUUGGCCAACUAAAGGGGGGAAAAAAAAAAAAAAAACCCCCACAUUUCCAUAUCUUGCUUGCUGUCUUCAACCUCCAUUUUGCUAUUUCUCUCUCAGAAUCUAACAAAACCCAUUCUCCAUUUACACCCCAUUUCAAAACCCACAUGCCCAAACUAGUUGAUUUCAAAACCCAUUAACCCAAACACCACCAAAGUUCGAAGUUUGUUGCAGAAAAACAGUGAAAGGCAGAGUCUUUUUGAAAACGCAUUAUAGGAAUUGCCCAAGGAAAUGGGAGCGUACAGAGCUGAUGAUGAUUACGAUUACUUGUUCAAGGUGGUGUUGAUCGGCGACUCUGGGGUUGGCAAAUCGAACCUCUUGUCCAGGUUCACCAGGAAUGAGUUCAGCCUUGAAUCAAAGUCCACCAUUGGGGUUGAGUUUGCCACCAGAAGCAUUAGGGUCGAUGAUAAGGUGGUUAAGGCCCAGAUUUGGGACACUGCUGGUCAAGAAAGGUAUCGUGCAAUCACAAGUGCAUAUUAUCGAGGUGCAGUCGGUGCAUUACUAGUCUAUGAUGUUACUCGUCAUGUUACAUUUGAAAAUGUGGAAAGAUGGUUGAAGGAGCUUCGGGACCAUACAGAUGCCAACAUUGUGAUCAUGUUGGUGGGAAACAAGGGAGAUCUGCGUCACCUGCGAGCCGUUUCCACUGAGGAUGCCCAGGCUUUUGCUGAACGAGAGAAUACCUUUUUCAUGGAAACAUCUGCCCUUGAGUCCAUGAAUGUUGACAAUGCUUUCACAGAAGUGCUGAGCCAAAUCUACCGUGUUGUAAGCAGGAAGGCCCUAGACAUUGGGGAUGAUCCAGCAGCCUUGCCCAAGGGACAGACGAUCAAUGUUGGUGGCAAGGAUGAUGUAUCAGCUGUGAAGAAAGUUGGAUGUUGCUCCACUUAAUCAUGGAGGAAAUGGUUCAAAGUACCUCCCAGACUUUCAUCCCUGAGGUCAUGUCUAUACAGAAGUUGACCCGACUCCAUGACAUUGCUUUGUCAAGAGGAUAGAUUUUGAGUCUGAACAUUAUGUUUGGAUACUUGAGGUUACUUGAAAACUUGUCUUGUCUAUGUUAGCCAACAUGUAGGAUUUUAAGAAUCUGUUCUUGUUCUUUCCUUUGAUUCAAUUUGAAUUGUUUGCUUCCCCUUGUGUAUUACAACACUAUCA